AUGUUGGAUUCCGAAACCAUCUUGGGAUUGCCCUUUCCGGUCUUCGAAGGCGGUUUCACGCCUUGGGAGAACCAAGAUGACCUGCUCUCCUUCUUCCAACCCAACCAGGAUGCCGAUCAAUCACCCGAGCCUGUCAACUCCAAUAAUUCCGGCUCAGACGAACCAUCGAACCAGCCGCCGGUCUCUUUCUCGGCCUCCGCCGUGGACGAGCGUAAGCAACGCCGUAUGAUAUCCAAUCGUGAAUCGGCCAGGCGGUCUCGAAUGCGAAAACAGAGGCAUUUAGAAGGCCUAAGGAACCAGAUGAACCGGCUCCGAACCGAGAACCGGGAGAUUGCCAACCGUUUGGGCUUCGUGAAUCAUCACUGCCACCUCAUGCGCACAGACAACGACCGGCUCCGUUCGGAGUCCGUCGUUCUCAAGCAAAGACUCUCGGAUUUCCGUCGGAUUUUGGUGCUCCGCCAGCUCCAACACCAACUCCUCCUCUCGUCCCCGUCGCCAUGCAAUUCCCUCCCCUCCUCCUCCAUCUACGAAGUGAUCAACGAACAACAACCCCCCUCCUUAAUUGCCUAA